AUGCAGAAUUACUGGCAAGUUCAUGCCAUCCAGGAAGAGAUUCGACGUGUUCCUCAUGCUGGCCACGAGUCUGUUCUGUAUGGCGUCUGGAACACCAUACUAACGUGGCAAUUCCCUGUUAUUGACGGCUAUGUCACGCGUCCACAAGACACACACACCUCCCAAUCCGGCGAAGCUGGAUAUUCGGAUCUCCAUACAUAUCAGUAUGUCGCCGACAACAGAACAGCCACGAAAUUCCUUCUUACUCAAUGUAAGAAGGCCGGCCUCGAAACGCAAGACUCUACCUGGCAGGAGGGACAUGACCAGUUAAGUCGAUAUUCGGCUUCCACACAUGGUAGACGACGAGCAGACAGACGCUCACCUGUUUAUGGAAUUGUCGCCGUCGGAAACUACAUGAGGGCGUACAAGUACGAUGAUGAUCAGAAACUUGUCGUCGAAUGGGCACCAUGGGGUAUGAACGCAAGUGAGAUACUUCGGAUCGAUAAAGUCGAUGACAAGCCUCAUGUCCAGCGGAUCUUGGAUCAUAUUCGUGAUCACCACUGA